AUGGCCCCAACAAUUGAAGAACUGUUAAAGCAUUACGAAUUUGACCCCUCCCUCAUCGACAGAGUUGCAUUUCGCAAAUACAAACAGCCCCUCGCCAUCGUCGAACCCGACCCAACAUGGCCAGAGCACUUUGCCCGUGCAAAAGCACGCAUCGAAUCUGCCAUCGGCGACACAGCAGUGUCAAUCAACCACGUCGGCUCAACCAGCGUCCCUGGUCUACCCGCUAAAGCUGUCAUCGACAUUGACCUAACAGUCAAAGACAUCAACGACGAAGCUUCCUAUGUAGAUGCACUUGAGAAUGUUGGUUUCCAUUUUCUCGUCAGGGAGCCGGGUUGGCAUGGACAUCGCUUCUUUUGCGAUUAUGAACCCGUGCCGACGAAUUUGCACGUUUGGGGUCCGGGAUGCCCGGAGGUGGUGAGGCACAAGAUCUUUGUGGAUUGGUUGAGGAAGAAUGAGGACGAUAGGAAAGCUUAUGAGAGUAUUAAGAGGGAGUCUGCGAGGGCUAGUGUUGAGAAUGGGGAGGAUGUUAUGGCGUAUAAUAUUAGGAAGCAGAAUGUCAUUCGGGAGAUUCUGCAGAGGGCUUUCAAAGAUCUGGGAUACCUCUAG